AUUAUUAAUUAUUAUUCACUAUUCAGUGAUUGUGCGGCACGAGUUGUGAUAGGCGGUUGCUGAUUGAGUCGUGUGUUCCUAUUAUUUGAAAUUGAAUAAUUUUUAAUUUUACUUAGAUACAGUUUAUAUUGUUUGGAAUUAUAAUCUCAAGAUGGCGGAGUUUGUACAACGACGCAAAGAAGAAUUGAUUGUUGAAGUUCCAGUACUUCAUAGUCACUUCAAGAAAUCUGCAGUGAAAAAUAUAUUGAAUCAAAGAGAAAAAUUUGAGUAUAGAUUGAUGCGUCGAAACAAACAAAAGUCAGACUUUACUCUUUAUAUUACAUUCUUGAAGUCAAUCAUCAAGAAAGUUAAAAAAAUGGGUUCAACAAAUACUGAAUCACUUAAGCUCAUUAAUCAGCAUAAUAACCGAAUCAUAGACCUUUAUCGUGCGUCUCUAAAAUAUUUCAAAGAUGAUGUAUCGCUUUGGAAAGAAUACAUAAAAUUCCUGAUGAAAUGUGAUAAAGUAGCUUUGUUACGGACAGUUAUAAACAGCGCCUUGUUAUUACAUGGUCACAUUUCAGAUUCACUUUACGUUUUUGCAGUAAAACAAGAAUUUGAAGAUUUAAAAAAUAUCCAAAAAGCUAGAGAAUUGUAUACUGAUGGAUUAAAUGCACAUAAAACUUCGUCAAAAUUAUAUUUUGAAGCCUUUAAAUGCGAACUUUCCUAUUCAGAAAUACUCACUCAAAAGGUUUUGAAAUCUGGAAAAGAGUUAAACCCAGAGGAUCCUGCAUUAAAUGGAUCUGUUGCCAAUGUAAUUUUUGAAUCAGCUACCGAAAAUGUGAAAAAUGAUCACAAUCUUUACUUCAAAAUGUACCAAGAAGCUAUUCAACAUAAUUUUUCAAUAGGUUUAUCCGAAGAAAUUAAAAAGUAAUAUUUUAAUCUAUAACUAAAAUAAGUUUA